UCGCAAAAUCGGUUUUGAUGGGAAAAAUGUCGUCCACAUUAAUUCCCUCCUAUCUGUUUUGUUUAUCUUCGUCUCCAUAUCUCAUUUUCUUACCCCUUUCCCUUCCAUUUUCACCGUCGAUUCGCCGGAGCUCUAAUCCGUCACCGGAAUCCUUCGUUUCCUCUCAUUCUCCUCAUCCCCUUUCUCCAUUUGUGCAAUUAAAAUCCUCUCUCUUUCUCUUCCGUUUGCGGCAUUGGCGUUGAUUUGAUUCAGGCUAAGGGCGGGUUCUGUUCGAAGCAGAGUAACAGUUGGCAUCGAAGGGGCUCGGUUUUUGGGUCGGUGAAUGGAGGGAGGUAGCAUUAGAAGAUUUCAUUUUUCUGCGGAUUCGUUUGUGUGUCAUGAGUUCUGAACCUUGUGGAGCUCGGAAGGUUUGCGAGUUGGGAGGGAGGAAGAGAGAUGGCCCUCAUUCGGAGAGUUUCGUCGAGCUUCCCUCGAGUUUUUGGGUUUGCAAAUAGGUCCUUGUAUUCUUUGAAUUCUCCGGGCGAUUCCUUGGAUUUACCGACCUCUUCCUCUUUUGCUCAUGGAAUCCAUGUCUUCCAUUGUCCUGAUGCCGUGGGAAUCGUUGCUAAGCUCUCAGAAUGUAUAGCUUCCAGAGGGGGAAACAUACUCAGCGCCGAUAUUUUUGUCCCUGAAAACAAGAACGUCUUCUAUUCCAGAAGCCAGUUCGUUUUUGAUCCAUGUAAAUGGCCAAGGAUGCAAAUGGAUGAAGACUUCCUUAAGAUUUCGAGAACAUUUAACGCUUGGAAAUCUGUUGUCCGUGUACCAGAUCAAGACCCCAAAUAUAAGAUUGCAAUUCUUGCUUCAAAACAGGAUCAUUGUCUGGUUGACUUGCUUCAUCAAUGGCAAGGAGGGAAACUUCCAGUGGAAAUAACAUGUGUUAUAAGUAAUCAUGAUAGAGCCCCCAACACCCAUGUGAUGCGCUUUCUUGAAAGGCAUGGUAUUGCUUAUCAUUAUUUGCACACAUACAAUGAUAAUAAAAGAGAAGGAGAGAUAUUGGAAUUGGUGAAGAAUACCGAUUUUUUAGUACUUGCCAGGUACAUGCAGGUAUUAUCUGGUAAUUUCUUGAGGUGCUAUGGCAAUGAUGUCAUUAACAUCCACCAUGGUCUUCUGCCUUCAUUCAAGGGCAGUAAUCCUUCAAAACAGGCAUUUAAUGCUGGCGUGAAGUUAAUUGGUGCUACAAGUCAUUUUGUGACGGAAGAACUUGAUGCAGGACCAAUCAUUGAACAGAUGGUUGAGAGGGUUUCCCACAGAGAUAAUUUGCAGAGUUUUGUACAGAAGUCAGAGAACCUAGAAAAGCAAUGUCUAACAAAUGCAAUUAGAUCAUACUGUGAACUGCGCGUUUUGCCAUACGAGGAAAACAGGACUGUUGUUUUUUAAGAGGAAAAUCCAUUUGAAGAGUAUGUCAAGUGCAUUUCUUCUUCUGCUCAUUUGAUUUUUCAAUCAACAUAAUCUUGUUGGUAUAAUUUCUAUAUUUAGUUCAAUUUCAAUCUACAUAUACCUUGACUUCUACAUUGAUUUAUUCCAAAACAACUUGCAAGUUAACAAAAUAAAUGAAUAGGUUUUUUCUCCA